CAGCUUAGGCCGGCCCACGGUUCUUCUGCUCCUCUUUCCUCUCCCGCUGGCUCUGGGCUUCAUGGCGCUCUGGUUGACUGCGGUCCUGGCUCUCGCCUGCCUUAGUGGUCUCGCUGUCCCAGGCCCCGUGGGGCGAUCCGUGUCUCCCCCCGUGGCCCUGAAGGAACUUAUUGAAGAGCUGAGCAAUAUCACACAAGAUCAGAGGACCCCCCUGUGCAAUGGCAGCAUGGUUUGGAGUGUGGACCUGGCAGCUGGCGGGUUCUGUGCAGCCCUGGAUUCGCUGACCAAUAUCUCCAGCUGUAACACCAUCCAGAAGACCCAGAGGAUUCUGAACGGGCUGUGUGCCCGCAAGGCCCCAGCUGUGGUUUCCAGAGUCCCGGAUACCAAGAUUGAAGCUGCCCAGUUUAUAAAAAAUCUGCUCGGCCACUCAAAGCAACUUUUUCGCCAUGGCCCCUUCCCCUGAAGAGAGAAAAACACACAUAGAC